AUUACAUAAUGACUUUCGAUGCUGAAUUAUUGAAGGGGUGCCAUAUACAUUAGGCAGUCAUCUUAGAUUUUAUCAUGUGUUGAACUUGAAUCAUGAGUUUUUCUUUCUAAAAUUUUGACUUUUGAUAAUCCAAUUUUGUGUCUGUUUUGUUUUUAUGCCGUUUCAAGAUGGAUAUGGCUUCUUCGUUAAAUUUUGAAUUUUAAAUUAUUUUAAUUGCUAUUCACAUUGGUUUUUGAGUGUGUAAACUUAAUUAUGAGCUUGUUUAAAUUUUUGAUAAUCCUGCUUUCGUAUUCUGGGUUAAGAUAUCAUAUCAAGAACAUGUAAUACAUUUUCUCUAACUAACACAUUAAUAAUUUCUAGCGGCUUAUAGUGCCUGCAGAAGGAUAGUUUCUGAUAAAGUAAGAAGAUGCAUGCCAAGGCUUCUAAUCUUGGGAAUACCUGCAGACAAAUGCAAGGAAAUUCUUUGCCAUUUUUCUGUGACCUUCCUCAGCAAAGUGGUUUUGAUUUAAGCCAUCAAUGUAUAAGAAAUCAAGUAGGAGUCUCCACAGACUGGCGUAAGCAACCUGGAGUCAUCCACUUCCGUUAUUUGAUUAGAAAUAAAAUUUUUGCAAUUUUCAGUUCCGGAAUCCAUUAUGAGCAAGAGCAGCAAGCAUAUGAUAUUGCAAAUAUUCUGGAAAACUGGCUAUUUAUUGAUGCUGCUUCAAAGGAGGAGUAUAUGAACCUGGAGACAUUGAUAAAGCGAUUGGAAACUCCACUCAAUAAGUUGCAUGCAACUAAAUACAGUCAACAAGCAGAUAGCUCUAUUACUAACACAUCUAACGCAAUGCCCUCUUCUGUGUUAUUGCAUGCAUGGUCUAACGGAACUCUACUGGAACCUGCUUCUCGUCAAGUGGCUGGUCCUAUCACUGGGGCCACUGAUUUUGCAGUGGCUGUAGAUAAUAAAUCUGGCUUACCAAAAGGAGGGCUAUCUCAUCAACCGGUUUUUUCACCUCAUGCCUGUUCAUCAAUCCCUGCAUGCACUGAUAAGGAAAUGCUUUCUAACUUCUCUGUAUCUGGUGGGGGAAGGAAUCUGGAAGCUAGCUCCAAGUCAAUUAGUUCCUAUUUUCCUCAGCAACAGGCAGACAAUGUGGAGAUGCAGAUGAUAAAAUAUAGAGAUUGUUCAGGGACUAUGCAAAAAGAUGACUCAAUGGCUUUUCUUAAUAUGAUGGGAAAUUUUGAAUCCUCAAAGUUGCUGACCCCUCAACAUGCCUCAAGGGAAGUUUCAGAAGUUUCCAAUCUUCUUCCUGGAUUGAGCAGCCUUGGGGAUACAAGGCAAUACCAACACCAGAAGCUUGAUAUUCAACAGAGUCUCAAUCAUUCUAUACAGCCAUAUGAGCUUCGUGGUAACAUUUAUAUGACCCAUCCUAGUUCAUGCUUUGUCAAUCAAGGUGAACAUUCCUGUCAAAUGUUGGGACAGAAAUCUUUGAAACAGCCUCAGUGUUUUAAAAUACUUCUUAAUGGGAAUGAACAGUUCACUUCAGAAAGUUCAGCAUAUCUUUAUGGUUUAGAUGGAUCUGCUAAUAUGAAUUCUUAUAGUAGUUCCCAAGUCCCAGUUACACAGAGGAUCCUGCUUGCAUAUUUUCACAAGAAUCUAAACAGUGUUUCACAGGCUAAUGUUUUGAAAUAUUUGCAUUCAGCAGUUUGUUGCAAAGGGACAUGCGCUUGUGAACAGUAUAGCAAGCUGUUAUUACAUUUUGAUGGUUGUCGACGUGAUGAUUGUCAUAUAUGUUACUCCUGGAAAUUGGGCGGUACUGAUAUUCUGGAGCGUCAAUCUGAAUUUCCAAACAGUGUAACCAUAGGUUCUGUUGCGAGAGAAAAUGAUGCCCCUUCUGUUGGUUCUAAAGCCAUGCUACCAACUACCAAAAGACAAAAAAUGGAGUAUGCUUUUGAUGUCUCUUUAAUUAAUAAUGCACUUUCUGAUCAAUUGACUCCGAAGAUGGUUCAACCUCAUUCUUUUGAAGUACUUUCAGAAUUUCAGCAGCACCAGGAAUCUUCUCUCUCUUCUAUCUAUUCUGAAGUUACAGAGUGUAAUGUGGAACAAUUUACAAAUCCAAUGCUUGAUUCUAUAAGCAACAUUGACACAAAGAACAGUGUGAUUGAUGAUACAGUUGGGCAGACUUUUAAGAUGGAAACAGUUAUCUCUAAAGGCUUAGAAGCUGAUCAUAUAUCAGAGGAACUAGACCUCAAAAGCCAUGAUGCAAAAGCCAACAACAACUUAGAAGAAAAUGUUGGAUCCAAUUCCAAUAUGCAUACUCUCUGCAAAGAACUGCUUGCAGAUGUAGAGGACAGUGUGAUUGAUGAUACAGUUGGGCAGACUUUUAAGAUAGAAACAGUUAUCUCUAAAGGCUUAGAAGCUGAUCAUAUAUCAGAGGAACUAGACCUCAAAAUUCAUGAUGCAAAAGACAACAACAACUUAGAAGAAAAUGUUGUUGGAUCCAAUUCCAAUAUGCAUACUCUCUGCAAAGAACUGCCUGCAGAUAUAGAGGACAGUGUGAUUGAUGAUACAGUUGGGCAGACUUUUAAGAUGGAAAUAGUUAUCUCUAAAGGCUUAGGAGCUGAUCAUAUAUCAGAGGAACUAGACCUCAAAAGCCAUGAUGCAAAAGCCAACAGCAACUUAAAAGAAAAUGUUGUUGGAUCCAAUUCCAAUAUGCAUACUCUCUGCAAAGAACCGCCUGCAAAUAUAGAGGACAAUGUGAUUGAUGAUACAGUUGGGCAGACUUUUAAGAUGGAAACAGUUAUCUCUAAAGGCUUAGAAGCUGAUCAUAUAUCAGAGGAAUUAGACCUCAAAAGCCAUGAUGUGAAAGCCAACAACAACUUACAAGAAACUUUUGUUGGAUCCAAUUCCAAUAUGCAUUCUCUCUGCAAAGAACUUUGGCCUGCAGAUAUAGAGGACAUACAAGGUAGAACCAGGUUCGACAAGGCUGGGGUAAAUGCUACAAAGAAAAUCAUUGACCCAAAAGCUGAUCAAGAGAAGGAAACAAGGUCCUCGAAUCCAACGGUUGAUACUGUUUCCUUAACAGAUUUUUUCACAAGUAAUCAAUUAAUGGAUCACAUUAUGAGUCUAAGAAGGCAGUUUGUUCAGAGUCGAACAGAUGAAGAAUCAGAAAAUGCUGCUUACAUAUGCCAAUUAUGUGAAAUGGGACAGCUUUAUUUUGCCCUAAUGCCAAUUUAUUGCUUAUGUUGUAACACCCGCAUCAAGCAAAAUGCAAACUAUUACUGUAGCAGAGCAGAAGAAUCUGAUACACAACAUUGCUUUUGCACUGUGUGCUAUAGAAAUUCUCGAGGAGGGCACAUCACAUUCAAUGGGACAUCUGUUUCCAAGUCACUUCUUGAUAAAAAGACAAAUAGUGAACCAUCAGAUGAACCGUGGGUUCAAUGUAAUACAUGCAAAAGCUGGCAGCAUCAGAUAUGUGCCCUCUAUAAUGUUGAAAGAGAUUUUGACCAAAGUGCUGAGUAUAUAUGCCCUAUUUGUCGCUUAAAGGAAAUUGAAAAUGGAAUGCAUGUGCCCUUACCCAAAACUGCUGCAUUUGGUGCUAAAGACUUGCCAAGCACCAUGCUUAGUGACCAUAUAGAAAGAAGACUUUUUAAGCGUCUCAUGCAAGAGAGAGAAGAUUGGGCAAAAGUUGAAGGGAAUAAGAAUCUUGAUGAGGUUUUGGUUGCAGAACAUCUUUCUGUUAGGGUAGUGCUAUGUGUCGACAAACAAUUGAAAGUGAAGAAAGAAUUUCUGGACAUCUUUUCGGAGGAGGAUUACCCUGCUGAGUUUUCUUAUACAUCAAAAGUUAUUCUUCUGUUUCAGCAGAUUGAAGGAGUAGAUGUAUGCCUUUUUGGAAUGUAUGUCCAGGAGUUUGGCUCAGGAUGUGGCUACCCAAAUCGGGGAAGCGUAUAUAUUUCAUAUCUUGAUUCUGUGAAGUAUUUUAGGCCUAAAAGAGAGACUACGACUGGAGAAGCCCUUCGUACCUUCGUUUACCAUGAGAUAUUGAUUGGAUACCUUUAUUUUUGCAAGAAACGAGGUUUCACAACUUGCUACCUAUGGGCUUGUCCACCUUUAAAGGGGGAAGAUUAUAUACUAUAUUGUCAUCCUGACACUCAAAAAACUCCAAAGAAGGAUAAACUACGGAACUGGUAUCAUUCAAUGCUAAGAAAGGCUGCUGAAGAAAAUAUUGUUGUUGGUUUAACUGACAUGUAUGAUCAUUUCUUUGUUCCUACUGGAGAUUGUGACUCCAAAGUAUCAGCUGCUUGUUUGCCUUACUUUGAUGGAGACUACUGGUCUGGUGCUGCUAUGGAUAUAGCCAGGAAAAUUGAACACGAAAGUAGGGGAGAGUAUGAAAAGAUGUUGAAGAAACUAGCAUCGAAAAGAACUUUAAAGGCCAUGGGACACGUAAAUCCUUCAAAAGCAACUGCCAAAAACAUUCUAGUAAUGCAAAAACUGGGCCAAACCAUUUUGCCUGUCAAGGAAGAUUUCAUCGUGAUUCACUUACACUAUGUAUGCAUACACUGCCAUGAAGUGAUAGGGUCAGGGAAGCGAUGGUUUUGCACUGAGUGCAAGAAAUUUCAGGAGUGUGAAAGAUGCCAUACUGCUGACUCACACAUUUCUAUUGGUGGCGAGAAGCAUACACUUUGCCAGGUCCUCAUGAAUGAUAGCUUUUUUGAUACUAAGGAGAAUGAUAUCAUCCUUGAUAAUGGGUUAUUUGAGGAUAGGCAGAACUUUUUGAGCUUUUGCCAAAAGAAACUGUUUCAGUUUGACACACUCCGCCGAGCCAAGUAUUCUUCAAUGAUGAUACUCUAUCAUCUAAAGAAUCCUACUCUGCUGACUGUUGGAACAAUAUGUAGCAUCUGUUUUAAACGCAAUGUAUUGCAUUGGAACUGGAAAUGUGAGAUUUGCCCAGAGUUCACUGUCUGCUUUUCAUGCUAUAAGGAGAGAGGUGCUAUUUGCCAUGUACACAAGUUGAGUCGAAGUUAUUCAAGAGCACAAUGUCCCUCAGGGAACAAAGGGUCAAAGCAGAAGUUGAUACAGGAACUACAGGAAGUUAUGCUGCACGCAUCGCAAUGUCACUCAACCAGAACUCAACCAUGCUCUUACCCUCACUGUCUUAAAAUUAAAAAGCUGUUCUCUCAUGCAAGUAGGUGCGCUAUUCGCGUUUCUGGGGGCUGCCAAUAUUGUAUGAAGGCAUGGCUGGGAAUAACUGCACACUCUAGGAAUUGUAGAGAUUCAGAAUGUCGCAUCCCCCGCUGCAAGGAUCUGAAGAAGCAUGCAGAACAGAUUGCAAUGCAAUCUAAAUCGCAGUGUAGAGCUGCAGUUGUGGAAAGCAACAAAGCACCCACCGCUCAUUGAUAAUUUGGUCCAUGUAUAUAUUGAUUGAAUAGGAUUCCAACAGCAAUAAGCCAGUUUACAGUCAGUUGUAAUUCGUAAAGUUAUAAGCUUCAAGGAAGUGUACAGAAUUUUUUUAGAAGUUUCUAUAAAAGUAAAGGUUUAGUUACAAAUUUACUUUAAUCAAUGUAAUAAGCCAGUGCAGUCAGUUGUAAUUUGUAUAGUUAUAGGCUUCAAGGAAGUGUACGGAAUUUUAUUUUUUUUUAAAAGAUUCUAUAGAGUAGGUUUAGUUACAAAUUUACUUUAAUUUUGAUCUCUCUAAUUUAAAUAGCUCACAUU